GUUCACUUUUUCACUGAAGCGGGUGUGUGCGUCAAUAGUUACCUGCUCCCCGAAGAAACGACCAUAAAAGUGGAAAUUCACAAAAAAAAAAGAACUACUAGAGAGCAUUUAAACAACUGGAACCUCUGAACCUGUAUCUGGACCUUUAUCUCUAAAGUGUUAGCAGAGUCACUGGCGUGUCAACAUGUGUACUGGAAAGUGUGCCAAGUUUAUAGGGGUAUCUUUGUACCCCUUGGCAGUUGCCGCGAUCAUCUGUAACAUUUUGCUCUUCUUUCCUGCUUGGGAUACUAAAUACGUGCAGGAGGAUACUGAAGGUAGCAACCGCACCAUUACAGAAGAAGUGAAGUACAUGGGUGGUCUCGUUGGUGGAGGUAUCAUGGUCUUGAUCCCUGCCAUUCAUAUCCAUGCCACAGGGAAACGGGGCUGCUGUGCCAAUCGAUGUGGGAUGUUCCUGUCCAUUGCAUUUGCUGCAGUAGGGGUUGUUGGCAGCCUUUACUGUUUGGUGGUGAGCUCUCUGGGCCUUGUGAAUGGACCAACAUGUGAAUAUGAAAACAGUGAUAAAAAGUUAAUAUGGGGCACUCCAUUUAAGACCAACCAAAAGUUUGGGAAUGAAAGCUACUUGUUUGAUAAAAAUUUAUGGAGCGAGUGCAUAAAACCAAAAGACGUGGUUGAGUUCAACGUUAUCCUCUUCUCCAUCCUGCUGGUACUCGGCGUCCUGGAGACGCUCCUGUGUGCCUUUCAAAUGAUCAACGGGCUCUUUGGCUGUCUGUGCGGCACGUGCGGGAAAAAAGGGCAGCAAGCCUAAGACUCCAUUUUGAACUCCUUUCACCCUGAUGAUGGACGCAUUGAUGGACAUUUUCCAGUUUUUUGACUGAAGGCACACACCAAAUUGAGCUGAAUGUAGUUAGUCAUUUAUGUCACUAAAAGCACUUCUUAAUGCAUGUUUUUUCCUUGAAUUGUUUUUACAGUUGUGCUCAGCAAAUGUUAAAUUCAAAUACUGCUUUAUUCUCGGAGAUACCUGAACUGACAGCAAAGUGCAAUUUACAAGGUGCCCUUCCACAGAUAGGGUUAAGAUGGAGUUGGAAAGUUGUGUAGGCUAGGGCCGUCUUAAUGUAUGGGCACAAUGGGCAAUGGCUGGGGGUCCCAGGAUCAUAGGGGCGCACGAUGUUUCUGAUGCCUGUGCAUGUUAUCAAAACAGGGGCCACAAUGCACUACUUUGCCCGGGGGCCUAUGAUGCUGUGAAGACAGCCCUGGUAGGUCCUUCAGGUCAGCAGGUAACAGAAGCCAUUACUGAGAGUGUUUCGGCCCGAGAGUGCUUUUACAGAAAACCCCAACUUCUGCUGAGCCAGUCUUCAUCUUUGAGAGAAGACUGCCUUUAUUUCACCAAAACCAUGUUGUUUUUGGCUGUAAAUACCAAAACAAUGACUACCACUCAGAAACGUGUACUUUGAACAUGUGAAAAUCACAUCCUGUGCGUUCCAAUUUAACUCCCGUCCAAGGGUGAAAGUGGAGGUGACCGUCUUACAAGGGUCUUUAUCGACCAUGCAUCCUGUAAGACUGGCAUUCCUAAUGUCACUUUAUAUACUUGCAAACAAAUUUAACUUUUUAAAAAAAAAAAAUCUUAAAGCACUGCACUUCUAUUUUGAAUUUAUCAAUCCAUCCUUCCAUUUUUUAACUGGUUGUCCAGUUCAGGGUCACAGGAAGCUAGUGAUCACCUCAGUAUGUGGGAAUCAAUCCUACAGAAACCAACCAAGUUUAGUUUUAACGAUGAUUUACGUAAAAAUCGAAACAGAUAAAUAAUAAGCAAAUGUAAAAUGAGAACAGGACAGCUUGGUCACUGAUGCGAUUUCUUUGUGGCCGUAUUAUCCUUAAUGAUUAAAGAAAUGUUCGGUGUGCGCCAGCUCUCUGCUUUUUAAAGGAGGACAAGGUGGAGGAUGAGGAGGCCGACUCCUGUGGCGAGCUGAUUGCACAUUUGCUCUGUGUGUGAAAUGGUGUCAAGAAAUGGAGAAGGUAAAGGACAGGAUAUAUAUUCAGUGUGAAAACUUAAGCUCAACACAUGAAAACAAUAAAGCUUUAUCAUUUAUAGAAUACUGUUUGAUUUGUAUAUAUUGCAUAGUACUGCUACGUUUUUAUGAAAGAAUGAAAAUAUAAUAUUGUAUUACAGUUUAAUGUUCAUGCAGAUAAUAUAUAUAUUGUUGCAUAUGCUGCAAUAAAAAGAGCAAUAUUGUAAAAGA